AUGGUUAACAAACGAAAGAGGGUGUUGGAGGACUUCGACCCCAACAAGUCUGACUCCGAGGACGAGAACUUCGACCCGUCAGAGGCUCGAGCACCAAAAAGUUCCAAGAAAGCUAGACCGUCUCGCGGCGCUCGCUCCGGUGCCGUUCGCAGGAGAGGUCACAAAUAUCAAGGCUCCGAUAUUGACGAGGAUGACGAAGUUCUGUCCGACAGCCUUGGCGAGGACUCAUUUGUCGAAGAAGACUCGGAAGACCAAGAUGCACCUGUGAACGCCGCUGGCCGUCGAACGAGAAAGGCUGCCAGGACUCAUCACAAUUACCGAGAGAGCAGUGCUGAUGAGGAGGCGGAGGCCGUGGUGAGCGACUCGGAUGACGCAGGCCAGGAUGGCCAAGGCCUGGAUGAGCCUGCAGCGAGAAGGCUUGUAAGGCUCAAGGUCCCCGGUGGUUCUUCUGCAGGGGUUAAACGGAAAGCGACAAGAGCCAACACUGCCGAUGCGGAAGACUUUGUCGAGUUGUCCAACUCGGGUAGGCACGCAGUGCUAUCUCGCGACUCGCGUAGCCGUAGCCCCGAGGCGUAUUCCCGAAAACGACGAUCUUCUCGCGCUGUGAAAGGAUUGCAUGCAGCCCCCGAGACCAUUGACGAGGCGACUCUAGAAAGCGGUAGUCGCGCUGCUGACGAUGCAGACGAACCGGAUGAGUUGUCUCACGACUACAAGCUUGCCGAGAAAAAGGACGAUGAGGACGCUGACAUGGCGGAUACGACCGCCGUUCCUGUGCAUGAUGCAGCUGAACCCGAGAAGGAAGCUAAAGUCGUCGCUGAAACUGCUGCAGAUGCAGUCGAGGACGACGAAGACGACGAUGUCCCCGUUACGCGCAGGACUCGUGCUUCACGAGCCGCUGCCAAUGCUGCCGGUGCACCGAAUGAAGACAAGGUGGAACGCACAGGUGACAUCAAUCCAAAUGCCCGGCGUCUCACGCGAGGCCGCUCCAAAAAAUCUACUCCAGAGCCUAGUAGCGACUUUGAGCCUGGUGAUGACUCGGAGGAGGAGGCCAUGUCAGAAACAAAAGGCGAGGAUAUUGAGAGUCCCACGCCAAGAGGAAGAAAAGAAAGACGAAGUGCACGCAACUCUCGCCACGGCGGCAACUCGGGCGACGAAGAACUCGACGUUGACUUGGAUGAGCUGAAUGAGGAGGCCCGUGAACUCCGGCAAUCAUCAAGGAGACCUCGCCGACGAGCAAGAGACGAGUCACCGCCCAUUGUUUACCAGGAAUCUCGUCGUGCUCGGACCAGAGUGAACUAUUACAUGCCGCCCUUGACCGCAGCUAACAUCGAGGAAGAGGAAGCUGAGGACCCGGCCCCUACUCCAGCUCGACGACGCCGCGGAGGCGCUAGUAUAGGAUGGGAGAGGAACCUCAACACCACGUUUGGUCCCUUCGGAGGCGGUGGCGGUGGCGGUUCGCUUCUCAACGGGCCGUGGGGUACCGGCGCAGCUGGCGGCGUUGAUUCCGACAGCAGCGAUGAUGAGAUGGUUCACCGUUCUAGUGUUGCUGUGAAUGUUGGCAUGACCCCAACAUCUGGUGCUCCGGCCGGAGGGUUGCUUCCCGGUGGCCCCGGGCUGAACACCGAAGCAACGCCUAAUGUUGGUAAAAUAAAGGAUAGAAAGGCUCUUGCAGAUGCAGACCCCCUGGGCGUCGACAUGAAUGUUGAUUUCAGCAAGGUUGGGGGUCUGCAAGGUCACAUUGACCAGCUCAAGGAGAUGGUUCAGCUUCCUUUGCUGUAUCCUGAGCUAUUUGCCAAGUUCCACGUCACACCACCUCGCGGUGUCCUCUUCCAUGGUCCUCCAGGUACCGGUAAAACGUUACUGGCCCGUGCUUUGGCCAACUCGGUCGGCUCUGGGGGUCGAAAAAUCUCGUUUUAUAUGCGCAAGGGUGCCGAUGCCCUCAGCAAGUGGGUUGGUGAGGCAGAAAAGCAGCUGCGGCUGUUGUUCGAGGAAGCCAGAAAGACUCAGCCUAGUAUCAUCUUCUUUGAUGAGAUUGAUGGGUUAGCUCCUGUUCGAUCCAGCAAGCAGGAGCAAAUACAUGCCUCCAUUGUGUCAACUCUGUUGGCUUUGAUGGAUGGUAUGGACGGCCGUGGUCAAGUCAUCGUCAUUGGUGCCACCAACAGGCCUGAUAAUAUUGACCCUGCCCUUCGACGCCCCGGCCGAUUCGAUAGAGAAUUCUACUUCCCUCUGCCGGAUAUUGAGGGCCGUAGGUCCAUUCUUGAUAUUCACACCCAAGACUGGGGCCUAUCUGAUUUAUUCAUGGCUUCCCUUGCCGAAAAGACGAAGGGUUAUGGCGGUGCUGACCUUCGAGCUCUGUGCACGGAGGCAGCGCUCAAUUCCAUCCAACGAACGUAUCCUCAGAUAUACUCCUCCACGGAAAAGCUCGUCGUGGAUCCGGCCAAAAUCAGUAUUCACGCCUCGGAUUUCAUGCUAUCCAUCAAGAAACUCAUUCCUUCAUCUGAGCGUUCGGCUACAUCCGGCGCGAAGCCUUUGCCCAAGGCUGUGGAACCGCUUUUGCGAGCUCAGUUCGGCGAAGCAAAGCGGUUGUUGGAUGAAUUGCUGCCCAGGAAGAAGAAGACUACGGCUCUUGAAGAGGCCAUGUACGAACAAUACAAUGACAAAGACCAUGGCUUUGCACGAGAAGCUAUGCAUCAGGAAUUUGAGCGGUCUCGAGUGUUCCGGCCUCGAUUUCUCAUCUAUGGUCCUCAUGGAAUGGGCCAGGCGUACAUUGCUUCCGCCGUCUUGCAUUACUUUGAAGGCGUUCAUGUACAGAAUUUUGAUCUGCCAGCGCUUCUCGCUGACGGGAGGUCUAUGGAACAAGUCAUUGUCGGCCUCUUCACCGAAGUCCGUCGCCACAAGCCCAGUGUCGUAUACAUUCCCAAUGUUGAUGCCUUCUACGCGGCUUUGCAUGGCACCAUUGCGUACAUGACCUUCAAGACCAUGUUGAGGUCUAUUCCACCAACAGACCCCGUGCUCUUACUCGCUACGGCUGAAUGCGCUAAAGAUGAGCUACCUCCUCAGUUGAUGCAGGAUCUUUUUGGAAUCUCGCGCAGGAACAGAAUGGAAAUUCCACGACCAGAGAGGAACAAUCGAAUGGAAUACUUCAGUGCGACACUCGCGUACAUCAAGAAGAAACCGGCCGAGUUCCCUGAUCCCGAGAACCGGAAGAAGAGAGUUCUCGAGGAACUUCCCGUUGCGCCUCCUGUCGCAGAAAAGCCGCCAACGAAGGAGCAAGUGAAGGCUCUGAAGAGAAGAGACCAUCAGUGGCUCAAUGCCCUCAAGAUCCAGCUCCAGCCUAUCAUGGACCAGAUCAAUCGAAAGUACAAGAAGUUCAGACAACCCGUCAUUCCUCAGAGUCACAUUGACUACCUCUUCGCCGAGUCUGAUCCCGACUUUGUUCGACCAGAUCUAGCAGGAGGAGCCGUUCGGCCUUAUGAGAUUGUCAAAGACAAGCACGGCAAUGAAGUACUACGAGACACUGCCACCGGCAAGUGCUAUUACAAUUUGGAGACGACUACGAUUGAGGAACGGCUGUCGAAUGGAUUUUACGCGCGGCCACAGGACUUUUUGUUUGACAUCAAGGCGCUUGCCAAAGAUGCCAGGAACAGUGGCGACAAGGAACGGACGCUCAAAGCCAAUGAGCUAUUGAGCAACGUAGAAGUUGACAUCGCUAGUAUCGAAGCCAACAAUGCGGCAGUCGAUUGGGAGGGCUUGCACCGACGCCAAGUUCAGCGGGCGGCCGAAGCAGCGGAGAAGGAAAGGAAACGCAAGGCUAUGCAAUCAAUCCUGGAACGCGUGCAAUCUGACCUCGGCGGAGGCAAUGAUAGCGACUCGCAAGGACCGCUCACGUUGGGCGAGACAGUUCCUGGAUCUCGCACAACCGCCCGGUUCCAGCUCCGAAGCCCGCUGUCUAAUGGUCAAGAAGAGACUGCUGGGCAAGAUCAAAAUCGAUCGAGUAACGGCACGGACGGGCUGUCGAGGGAGCGUGAUGUCCACAUGGGCGGAGUAGAUGGUUUUAGUCAACAGGCAACCCAAGCAUCAGUUAUGGGACCACCGGCAAGUUGCGAGAACGAGUCUACCAAGGUGACGGGAAUGACACAGAUUUCGCAAAGGUCGGCAGUUACAGCUCUACCACCCGGGGUGUCGCCUUCGGCUGUGCUAAACGAUGCCUCGACCACCAAGACAUCUGAUCCGUCGACACAUCGGUCUUCCAACCUUAGCACUCAGCUCACCAAUGGCAACCACGGCGCGCAGCAGAGCAGCGGCGGAGGCGAGCAAGACGCGGAAUUGCUAGACACGCUUCUGUUGCCGAGCCAGGCAACACCUAGCGACGAAGCUUGGCAUUACCCGCACGCACACGGUCUCGCACGGGGUCAAAGAGCACCCGGGACUACUAAUGUGACGGGUAGUCAAGUAUCAACUCCGUCCCAGGCUCGCCGCUCCAGUGGUCAACCUGGCGAUGCAUUAGCCCAGCCAUCUCAGGAACAGCAGUCGCAAGAAGUCGCGGGACUGCGUUACACGGGCUCGUCCGCUUCGCAACCACCAGAAGUUGAAAGCUCAAUCGACAACUUGCUGCAUGUUUUGACUGACGGCACAUCGGGCUGCACGAUUGAGCAACUGGAGCAAAUCAACCGAGAACUAAUGGACGAAAUUUGGAAAUCCAGACACGAGUGGAACCGCCAUGCUGUUGUUGUGCACCUGGGUGGGGUGUUUAACGAUGUGAUAUCAGACAUCGAGCAAACCCAAGGUCUAGGGUCUUUGAGUCAGCGCGAAAGUAAUUUGGAAGUAUAA